AUUGCCUGGUAUGACGACACCAAUCCGGACAAGGGUUUCCGCUACAUCUACCUGACCCCGGAGAACUACAAGCGAGUGGCCGACUCGGUGAAGUGCGAGGUGAUUGUGGAGGAGGGCGAAACCCGGUACAAGAUCACCGACAUCAUCGGCGCCACCGACGGUCUGGGCGUGGAGAACCUGAAGUACGCGGGCAUGAUCGCCGGCGAGAGCUCCCAGGCGUACAAUGAGAUUGUCACCAUCACCAUGGUCACCUGUCGGGCGAUUGGCAUUGGAAGCUACCUGGCCCGACUUUCGCAGCGCGUCAUUCAGAUUGAGAACUCGCAUAUCAUUCUGACGGGCGCGGGGGCGCUGAACAAGCUGCUUGGACGGGAGGUGUACACCUCGAAUAACCAGCUGGGUGGCAUUCAGAUCAUGUACGCCAACGGCGUCUCGCACACUACCGCCCAGGACGACCUGGAGGGCGUCAGUACGGUCCUUCGCUGGCUGUCCUACAUUCCCGCCCACCGCCUCUCGCCGCUGCCCAUCCUCGAGCCGCUCGAUCCGAUUGAGCGCGAGGUGGCCUUUACGCCGACGCCCAGCCCCUACGACCCGCGGUGGAUGCUGGCCGGUCGGGAGAAUGCGCAGGGCAUCUGGGAGGACGGCUUCUUUGACCGCGGCUCCUGGAAUGAGAUCAUGUCGGGGUGGGCGUUGACGGUGGUGGCCGGCAGGGCCCGUCUUGGUGGCAUCCCCGUCGGCGUCAUUGCCGUGGAGACGCGCGCCGUCGAGCUGAUCAUCCCCGCCGACCCGGCCAAUCUGGACAGCGAGACGAAGGUGGUCAGCCAGGCGGGUCAGGUGUGGUUCCCCGACUCGAGCUACAAGACCGCCCAGGCGAUUGAGGACUUUAACCGCGAGGACCUGCCGCUGAUUAUCUUCGCCAACUGGCGCGGCUUCAGCGGCGGCAUGAAGGACAUGUACGAUCAGGUGGUGAAGUUUGGCGCGUACAUUGUCGACGCGCUGCACGAGUACAACCAGCCCAUUAUCGUCUACCUGCCGCCCUUUGGGGAGUUGAGAGGCGGCGCCUGGGCCGUGUUGGACGCGACCAUUAACCCGAAGCACAUGGAGAUGUACGCCGACAAUGACUCGCGCGGCGGCGUCCUCGAGCCAGAGGGCACCGUUGAGAUUCGCUUCCGCUCCAAGGACCUCAUCAAGGCGAUGCACCGCUGUGAUGCAGAGUGCAAACGACUGCUCAAGGCCAUCAACGAGGUGACCUCCCACGACGAGAAGAAGCUGGUGGAGAAUGAACUCCGCGAGCGGGAGGCCAAUCUGAUGCCGAUGUACCACCAGGUGGCGCUCAGCUUUGCCGACCUGCACGACACGCCGACGCGCAUGUACGAGAAGGCCUGCAUCACCGAGGUGGUGCCCUGGCGCACCAGUCGCCAGUUCUUCUACUGGCUGCUGAAGCGACGCCUCUACGAGAACCGGGUCAAGAAUGAAAUUCAACGGGUGAUUCUCAACAAGAACGACGCAGAGGCCAGCUCGAUGAUUAGGCGGUGGUUUGUAGAGCACCACGGGCUGCAGAAUCAACACCUGUGGGAGUCCUCCAACAAGAUUGUCGCCGAGUGGCUGGAGACGCAGAUUGACGGCGCCACCGUGGGCACCGACUCCAGUCCGGUGCUGGACAACAUUCGGUGCAUCCAACGGGACGCACUGACGCGACAGAUUCAGAG